AUGGAAUCUCAAAUCGCCAAACCUUCGAUCGUCAUCGCCAUAGCAGGAGCUCUCCAAGUAAUAGUGAAAGAAACCCUAGAGAGGAAGGAGAGAGACGGGUUUAGGAUCGAACACGCGACGUCCACGUGUACGGUAGGGGUUGGAAGGGAUUUGCAAUAUAUUCUUUGCGGAGGGCGAGAGAGAGAGGAGCAAGACGCGCGGACGCCUGGCGCUGGCGUCGAUCGAUCGAUGACGCUCACGGGAGGAGCGGCGAUGGAGAUCGCAAUGCCUGCUGUGAGGAAUGCGGCUCAGGUGAACGCUCUAGGCGCUGGAGUGGGAGAAAUCUCCUGCUCCACCUCCUCCUUUUGUAGAAUGCAGCAGCGCAGGGAGAAAUCUCCAUCUCUUGCAUGGCGUGGGAGGCGAGCUAUAGCCUCCGCGAUCGAUCUAAGGUCCGAUUCGGCUGUGAGCAGCAACGGCGUCGCAGCUGCGACGCUGAUUCCAACGCCGACCAAGGAUCUCAGCAGCGGUGCCAGCGAUGAUCCGCCUUUCGGGAUUCUCUACAGUGAGAAUUUUACUAUACGCUGUUACGAGGUGGGCACGAACAAGAAGGCGUCCAUCCAGACCAUCGCAAAUCUUCUCCAGGAGGUGGCUUGUAACCAAGUGAGAACACUUGGAUUUUCCACGGAUGGAUUCGCGACAACUUUAUCGAUGCGAAAGCAUCAUCUCAUCUGGGUGACUGUUCGCAUGCACAUUGAAAUGGACGAUUAUCCAAACUGGGGUGACGCCGUGCAAGCCCAAACAUGGUUCCAGGAGAAUAGAAAUGGGACCCGACGCGAUUGGCUGUUAAAGGAUGUCAAAACCGGGUUGACACUCGGUCGAGCUACCAGCACCUGGGUGAUGAUGAAUCAAGAAACAAGGCGAUUUGCAAGAAUAAAUGAAGAGAUCAGGGGAGAGUAUCACCAAUACGCGUUAGAUCCUCCAAGAUUUUCGUUCCCAGAAGAUCAUGCCACAUACAAGAAGCACCAACUGGCGAAACUGGAAAACGCAGAGCAUCAUAUCACCGGGCUCAAGCCGAGACGGGCGGAUCUCGACAUGAAUCAACAUGUGAACAACGUGGCGUACAUAGGCUGGAUGAUGGAGAGCCUCCCGGCUGACAUCGCAAACAGCCACGAGCUCCGCGGGAUCAUCCUGGAAUUCAAGCAGGAGUGCAAGCACGACGACUGCGUGGAAUCGAUGGCAGCUACAUUCUCUCCAGCGGACCAAUCCGGCGACGAAGAACACCAGUUUUUGCAUCUUCUCAGGCUCGAUGGCAGCAGCCGAGAGAUCAACCGAGGCUGGACUCACUGGGUGAAAGCCAAAGAAAGUUCACAGCAGGGAGCUUGACAGGGAGCUUGACUUCUGUGAAGUUUUGCGAGGGCUUGGAGGUUAAAAGGUACUUGAUCGAUACGUAAAAAAAAACAAAGGAACCACCAAUAAAAAGUCAAACGCUACGAACGAUACAUACACUUCGUCCAAUCAAUCAACCAUCCUUCACAGUUUUGAGCUAAAGUAAAGAUUCUCGUAAACUCUUGACUAGAUCAGCCCAGCUGAAAAUCCGGGUCGAUUGCGUCAUGAUUUGGAUGGGCGCUCCAAAAUGUGUGUCGCGGUUGGCUUCAUUAAUAACAUCUCGGCUGGCUGCCAGCGGAUCUCUCACCCGUUAA